AUGAGCUGCCAAAGGUAUCAAAGAGGUCCAAUACCCCAGACACAGAAGAGCACAAUAGACUUACAUAGCAAACUGAUAUCAGGCAAUGAAUCGACGGAAAAUUUCCAUCGGAUCGUUGGCCAAUUUACCCAUAGGAAUCGCGGCCACACAAGCCAGGUUCUACAGCCCUCUCUUAACCAGUCCACCGGAUCUGUGGCUACAGAGGUAGCUACUUCUGUUGCUACCUCUUUAGCUAGCCCAGGGUCCAACACAUUACCUCCAAUCGCCAUCAAGACUGAAGAUCAAUAUUGUCCCUCACUGAACGCAAAAAAGAAAGCAGCCGAGUCCUCAUUUCUCUCACGAAAACAACGCCGACAUUCAUACUCCAUCUCUCAAAAACCGGGUCGUUCGCAACUAAUGCAUCGAAAGAGUCCCCCAAGCCUUACAACAGUUAGUAUUGAAAUGGUCAACGACACAAUUCAAUACCUACAAACGCUAUCCGACCGAAUCUUGAUCUCCGACACCAUCCCCUCCAGGGAGUGGGACACUAUGCAUCUUGCCACGCGAUUGCUACAGAGCAGGUACGAAGAGGUCAUAUCAAGGAAAGAGAUGGAAACAGACGCUGUGUCCGAUUUUAAUUCCGCACCAACACAGCCAGGAGAGAAGUGCCGGUAA